AUGGAACCAAAUGAGAGACAAGGCAUAUGGUGUCUAGGAGGACUCUCUUCAUUAUCAAUGACCAACAAAUCAUUCACAUCCCAAAGCAUUCAAAAUUCAAGAGCUUAUUCCCAAAACUUUUCUUAUAAUAUAAAUACAGCAAUGGGUUUUCGUUUACAUGGUAUCAGAAAGGCAAUAUUUGCAGCAAAUCAAACAUCUUCAAAAGCAGCUGAUGCACAAAAGGGUCAUCUUGCAGUCUAUGUCGGGGAGAAAAUGAAGCGAUUUGUGAUCCCUGUAUCAUACUUGAAUAAACCUUCAUUCCAGCACCUCUUGAAUCAAGCAGAGGAAGAGUUUGGAUAUGAUCAUCCCAUGGGUGGCCUCACAAUUCCUUGCAGUGAAGAAGUCUUCCAACAUAUAACUUCUUGCUUGAAUGGACAAUAA